AUGACGAAUCCAAACAAGGACCCGUAUGUUUCUAAAGCAACAAAGAAAGCACUCAUGGUAAAAAUCUUUAGUUCAACACCAAAUGCUUGGUUUAUGGAUAUCUUGGAAAACAUUCCGAGGUAUAGAGAAGAUGGACCACCAUACUGGCUAAUAUUUGUCGGUCAAAACACAAGAUACUGUGAAGCCAUACCAUUACAGUCCAAAAAUAUUUUAGAUGUGAAAACUGCUUUGACAAUCUUCGUUGACAAAUACAUCCAACAAAACUGA